AUGACUGGCAAGGAGCGCGCGUCGCCCAUCUUCCGGCCCUGGGCCCAGCAGCAGAGCGCGGAGCCCAGGAUCGUACAGCCCGAGCCGGUGUACCUGCUGCCCGCGGCACUGCAGCCGGCCUUCCCAAUGACCGCGUGGGACGUUGCCGCGGCCGCCGCCGCGCACCAUCACGCAUCCUCACCCGCGUUCCUCCAGCAAGAGCUGGCCGCCCGGUGGAAGGCCAAGAAGCAAAGACCUAAACGUUUCCAGUGCCCGCACUGCAAGGUGUCUUUCUCCAACAACGGACAAUUGAAAGGACACGUGAGGAUCCACACGGGUGAGCGACCGUUCGCCUGUGAGCACGAGGGCUGCGGCAAGACUUUCACGAGGAACGAAGAACUCACGCGGCAUAAGCGCAUCCACACGGGACUGCGACCUUUCCCGUGCCCGCUGUGUCAGAAGCCCUUCGGCCGCAAGGACCACCUCAAGAAGCACGUCAAGACGCACGAGCGAGCACUGCUUCCUGGCCUUCCCUACUUCUUCGGCGGUGCACCGGACUUCCUUUUCAUGUGAAAGCAGCACCUAUACAAAAGCGACGCACUGCAAAAGACUUUUCGCAAAUGUGCUUACUAUGAGCAACGCAGAAAACCACAUUCAGCUGGCCGCUGCUUGGAUCUACAGUGUGCCUAUUUCGCGAGGAAGAAGGGGGAAAAAAAGUGA